CUGAACGGCAGUUCAAACAACCGUCGUCCGUCUCUCCGCUCGUCACUCACGUCUUCGGCCGCCAGCUUCUCCUUCACCUCGCGGAUGAGGAACCGCUCCAUGCCGGUACCGGCGGUGCAGUAGUAGCGGACUAAGCUCCCCCCGGUGUCCGGGUCACUCAUCGUGUUCUCCUCGGAGGAAGAGCAUCAUGGGCCAGCUGUUCUCCUCAGAAGAAGAGGUCUCUCAGGCGAAGGAUGCGAUUGGUUCCCUCCUCUACGAGGCCAUGUUGGGAGGCGGAGCCGUGCCCGACCUGGGCGUCGUCCACCCUCUCCUCCUGACCAAUCGCGACCAGAGCCUCGACUCCCGGGCCCGCCUCCAGGAACAACUGCGACAGCUGCAGGCCGACGUGGGGAACAAGGCGCCGGCGUACCUGAAGGACCUGAUUGGCCGGCUGUCGUCCUUCUCGGAGGAGCCCCGCCUGGCCGGCCUGCUGGGGCUGGCGCUCACCGUGGUGAUGGACAUGGCCUUCAGGUCGGCCAACCGGCCCUCCGGGAGAGGGGGGGCGGGGUCACCGACCGGCCAGCAGAGAGUCUGGGAGCUCCAGGAGGUGAUGGAGGAGUACCUGAAGCGCUGCAGGAUCCACCUGAGUGACCGAAGCAGGCUGGUCCAAGACUCCGUCAGACUCGAGGCCCAGCUGAGCCUCACGCUCACCCGGCUGAAGACCAGUCUGCUGGGGGGGGGCUGCGACUCCAGGUCUCUGAGGCACUGGGCCAGCGGAGCGGCCUUCCACACCCAGGUGCUGGUCCACCUGGCCGGCCUGGAGGGUCGGACCGGCCAGGUGGCUGCGGCGGCCGCGCUGCAGCAAUACAGGGAGGACCUCACCCAGAUCAUACCUGCUUACAGGCGCUACAAGUCGAGCACGGUGUGCGUGGGGAAAUGUCGGGGGGGUCUUCUGGCGUCAUGUGACCCGUCCAGCGAGCCGCCGGAGGACGGAUCCAUGACGGGCCUCUCUGUGACGGACAGCGAGACGGGGAGGACUGUGAGCGUCCCUCUGGCCGCCAUGAGGGCGGAGACAGGCAGAAGAAGGAGAACCUCUGGACCCGAUGGCACCUCCUCCUCCGUCAACCUGGACCUCAUCACCUCAGAUCAGUACGCCGAGGCCUACCUGCACCACCUGUUCUCUGCUAAGGGACCCGUGGCGGAGCUGGAGAACUACUUCAUCACGGCCGCUGAGCAUCUGAGGAGGAACGAGGCGGGGCGACCUGACGGAGGGCGAUUAAAAGGCUUUGAGGGAGAACGAGGAGCAGACAGAGGAGAAGGAGAAGGAGAUGGAGGAGGAGGAGGAGGAGGAGGAGAUGGAGGAGAUGGAGGAGGCGGAGGAGGAGAUGGAGGAGGAGGAGGAGGAGGAGGAGAAGGAGAUGGAGAUGGAGGAGAAGGAGAUGGAGAAGGAGAAGGAGGAGGAGCAGGAGCAGGAGCAGGAGCAGGACGAGACGAGACGCACCUGAGUGUGGUGGAGACCCAGCCGGACGAGAGCCUCGAGCUCAGAGCAUCACGUCGCUGAGAGAGAAACAUCAAGCUCAGGGUCCACAGUCAUUUACUGUAUUCAUGUUCCCGACGCACAAAUACGGUUAUUUAAAUGGACCGUGAAUCAAAACCAAUACAAAUAUUUGUUUUAAAUACUUUAUUAUGCUUUUUUGUCAAUUCCAAUAAAAACAACUCAAUU